GUGAUUCCGAAGAAAAUGUUUCAGAUGAGUCCACCAGAGCCUAUUCCUUUCCCUCCAUCUCAGUCCGACCGGAAAUCCAGUCCAAUGAUCAACUCACAGCAUCCAGGAUCCUCCAGCUCUCUCGCGUCUGGACCUUUGGCAACAUCCAAGCCAGAUUCCAGCAACUUAAGUUCUUACAAUCCAUCUACGCAAGGUUAUGCAUCAACAACAUAUCCAUCGCAAAAGACAGGACUAUCCACUAAUUCUGGUCGAUCUAGUGCCACAGGGCUUUCAAGCAGUGCCGGACUGUCAAACUCAGCUGGACUGUCCAAUGCAGCAGGGCUUUCAAAUUCUACAGGAAUUGCAAAUAAUUCUGGUCUUUCAAAUUCAGCUGGACUUUCAAGUACAUCAGGAUUCUCGCAUUCAUCCUCAUCACAGCCAGGGUCUUACCAGAACCAGUAUCAGACUGGCUCAAACCAGUAUCAAACUAGUCAGAACCAGUUCCCUAGUGGACAGGCUCAGUACCAAAGUGGACAAAGUCAGUAUCAGUCUGGCCAGAAUCAGUUCCAUAGCAGUCAGACCCAAUUUCAGAACUAUGGACAGUCCGCUGGGUCGUCAUUCCAGAAUCCGAGUUCAUACUCAAGUGGAAGUGGCUCCUACAGUGGAUCGAGCCAGCAAAAUCAAGGCAAUCUGUAUCAGUCAUCUGCCACAAAUUCUUACCAAUCUCACUCCAAUCAAAACUCACUCUAUCAUCAAGGCAAUUCAUCACAGACCACAUCAUAUCAACCACAGACAAACUCAUCAUCUUAUCAUGGUGCCCGAGAUUCGCAAGCUGGAUCUUACCCUACAAGUGUUAGUAGAGACUCACAGUCGGCUUCAUUUCAGGCCAGCGUGAGCCAGUCAGGGUCGUAUCCAACUAGUGGAAGUCGGGACUCGCAGACAGGUUCGUCAUUCCAGGCGUCUGUCACACAGUCUAGUGCUACUUCGUACCAAAGAGACAGUCAGUCGGCACUGUCGACACCUACCACACAGACACAGUCGGUAUACACUACCUCUCAGGGGUAUGGUUCAUCGCCACAUCAAAACAGCUUGCCAUCAACCUUACAAACGUCGCCACUGUCUGGAGUGUCCGCUAAUAAGAUCAGUGAAACUUUGUCAAAGAUGACUGUGAAAGACUCGCCUUUGGAUACUAGGCAAUCUCCUCAGUAUGACAGUUCCACAUCUACAACGACGAGUAACUUGAUGACAACAACAAUAACAACGUCUCUGGCGACAGGAACAACUACUCCAUCAGCUGUUGCGUCUACUAUAGCAUUAACAACAACAGUAGGAUCCACCAAAGUCAUGACUGCUCCUUCAACAAGCACCACAAAGAACACUCCAAGCCUGCCUCCAGGUGUAUUGCUGGGUCACCACCAGUACAUCAUGGGACAGGGAACAAUGCCACCAUACUUU